CCCGCUUGUUCUCGACGCCACAACAUCACCCAGCACUCGCAUGGCUUGCGGCGCGUGGCGCCGCAAGCGGCGGGGUCAUGGCGCUGAGAAGUGCAGCCCUCGUAUGUCUGGUGCUGGGCAUGUGCAGGUGGCGCUGGAGCUUCGCUGCGCCGAAGGCGGAAGUUUCCAAGGCGCAGAAACGGAAGCGCUACGCGCCCCGCAGCACGGAGGAGCGCCUGCUCUGGGCGCUCGGCUGCGAGCUGUGGCGCGCGGGCCGCGACAUGGCGCUGGCCUCUGGGUCUGUCUCCCGCGGGGAGAUCUCGGCCAUCUUCGCGGAGGAGGAGGAGAUAGGGAGUGCCACGUCGUCGCACCUACCCACGGUGCUGCAGCAUGGCGGUGAGGCCUUGCAGGAGGCGGGGGGUGCGCUGCUGGAUGGGCGCUGGCGCUUAGCCUGGCAGCGAUUGGAGCGGGCGCAAGGCACCGGCCAGGAGUACUGGCCCUGCCAAGGUCUCAACGGCCUGGUGGACCUCGUCUUCUCCAUGGCCGAAAUGCCGUCGAUGCCAUCCGCUCUGCGGACCUGGGGCGCCGCGCAGUCCUUGGAGCACCUGGCCGAAGGCUUAGACUCAGCAAUCGAUGCCAUCGACCACAACUUCCAGAUCCAGUAUCCGCACCGGGAGCGGGCGGAGGCGUUGCUGGUCACGGCCACUGAGACUUUGAGGGACGCGGCCGUCAUUUUUGACGGAGGCGACUUCUUUUUGCCCCGAGACCCUCGGAAAGUCGGCAUGCACUUCCAUGAUGACGAUGGCGACUUUUGGGAGGAGGACGACCUUGGGGAUGUGAGCGAUCCGUUGGAGUACAUCUCCGGAGACCUCGCUGCCACGCUGCGCAUUCGCAACAUCCAGAAGGAGCUCAUCCGUGCCGCUGGGACGACGGAUAGCGAUGGCCCCGAGAGCCGUAAGAAGCUGCUGCAUCGCCUGGUGCGGGAGAACCACCCGGACCAGAACCCGGGGAAGGAGGAGGAAGUUCGGCCAGCGUUCGAGUACUGCCUCAGAAUGCUGCGCCUCUGCAAAGAGAGCUGACAC